AGGAGGACUGUUGUUUCAAGAGAGCUCCACCCUCUACAGCCACAGCCACAGUUGCUGUGUGGCAACCAAGGCAAACGUUUCUCCCUCUUCGUGUGUCUCCAUCAUGGAUGCUUUUCAGAGCAUUUUAAAAUUCUUUCUUAACCAAAGAACUGCUAUUGGCUACAGCUUCAUGGCUUUGCUGACCGUGGGAAGUGAACGUCUCUUCUCACUCGUGGCCUUUAAGUGCCCUUGCAGCGCUGAGAAUACAGCCUAUGGGCUGGUUUUUCUCUUCGCCCCUGCCUGGGUGUUACUGAUCCUUGGAUUCUUUCUGAAUAACAAGGCAUGGAGACUCUUCACUGGCUGCUGUAUAAACCCCAGGAAAAUCUUCCGUAGGAGACGCUGCUGCCGCUUCUUCUACGUCCUGGGCCACAUCACACUGAGUUCAUUGGUGGCUCCAGUGAUGUGGCUCUCUGUGGCUUUGCUUAAUGGGACGUUUUAUGAAUGUGCUAUGAGUGGGACAAGAAGCACCAGGCUUUUGGAGCUGAUUUGCAGGGGCAAGCCCAAAGAGUGCUGGGAAGAGCUGUACAAAGUCUCCUGUGGCAGAAGUAGCAUGGCACCCACCGACAAUGAGGAGGUGAAGCUGUCCCUGCAGGCCCAGUCUCAGAUUCUAGGGUGGUGCCUGAUUUGUUCAGCAUCCUUUUUCUCUCUGCUGACCACUUGCUACGCACGCUGCAAAUCUAAAGUCAGCUAUCUGCAGCUGAGUUUUUGGAAGACAUAUGCACAAAGGGAGAAGGAACAAUUGGAAAACAAACUCCUGGAGUGUGCCAACAAGCUGAGUGAGAGGAACCUGAAGUGCUUUUUUGAAAACAAGAAGCCGGAUCCCUUUCCCAUGCCAUCUUUUGCUGCCUGGGAGGCUGCUUCUGAACUACAUUCAUUCUACCACGACCGUGAAUACUACAGCGCUCUCCACAAGGUGAUAGACAAUGGUCUGGAACAAACCCCCCAAGAGGAAGAGACAGAAAUGAUCCUUGUGGGCAGUGCCCAGAGUCUGUGAAUCAACCAACAUCACAGUGGGCUCAGGUGUUCAGUGGUACACUCAUUCUGAUAGUUUCUUGCUGUCUCCACAACAACCUGAGCAUCUGUUUUCUCACCAUCAUAGCCUCUUUAGAAGACGAUCACACAGUGAGAAACUGUUUUAAGCCUUUGAGUGCAGUGUUCAGAUGUGCCCACACUGAGGCUGAGUGAGGACAAAAACACUCUGAGUUGUUGGAGGCUUGGGUCCAGGAGGUCCAAGAGUUACUCCUUCUAAGCUCUAGGAUUUUAUGACUCAGUUCCCAGACUCUGAUGAGGUGUCUGCCACUUUUUGCAAGUAUCUGCUGUGGUAUUGGGGGAGGGGUCUGUGCACAGUGACAUCUACAGAGUGGCCGGCAGGAAACCGGUUCACAAAUAUAUCCAACAUCUUUCAAAAUGGAAGGAAUUCUAACAUUUAACAUUCCUUUACUCGGAAGAACUCCAUUCUCAAAAAUUGCCAACUGAAAGAAUAGCACGUCUAAAAAUCAGGGGUUCCCCCAUUCCCCCAAAUCCUGAAGGUCUGUUUCUGAGAACAGGGCUGCCUCAUGAUUGCUAUAUGCUGAAGGUGCUUAUGCCUUCACAGGCCAAUUUCUACAUUCUAAAGAACAAUCAUGCAAGACCCACAUGCAAGCCUACAUUUAUAUAAAGACAAACACAUUAAUAUUGUAUGUUAAAACAUGUUUCUCAAUUAAAAAUUCCUUUUUUUCUGGUUUUGAAGCAGAAAAUCACUUUCAUGGACUCCCUACUAAAAUGCCGGGUCCAGGCAUAGUGCCAUCUAUAUAUUGGGUAUGUCUUAGUUUCUCUAGGCUACUAUAACCAAAUGCCACAGAUGAUGUGGCUUGUAAACAAUAGUUCUUACAAUUUGAGAGGCUGAAACUUCUGAGGUCAGGGUAGCAGCACAGGCAGGGCCUAGUGAGGUGUUUUCUUUGGGUCACUGACUGUUGAUGUCCCAUUGUGAGUCACAUGGGGAGAAGGGCAAAUAAACUCCCUAGGACAUCUUUUCUGAGGGAGCUGCACUCUCAUCGAAUGACCCUCAAAAGGCCCCCUCGUAAUGACAUUACCUUUGAGGUCUUGUUUCAGUAUAAGAAUUUUAGCUGGGCAGUGGUGGCACAUGAAGAGGCCAGCCCGGUCUACAGAGUGAGUUCCAGAACAUCCAGGACUAUUUUAGGGAGAAACCCUACCUCAAAAAAUCAAACGAAAAACGUAGAAUGUUGGUAAUGGCUUGAUCUAGGUAUUUGGAGACUGUCCACAGUAGUCCUAGCAUAAAAUUGUGUUGUUAGUGUAUACUUAUCAGAAAUAAUGUGAGUGUUACUCUCUACUAUGUACCUUUUACCAAGUAUUGUGUGUGUCCGUGUCUGUCUGUUGGUGUACAUGUGUGUAAAUUCCCAUAAAUCUCUGGGUGGAUUAGUGCGUAAGGCACAGUAUCUACAUUUGUCGCUAGCUCACACCUUAGGUCACUAGCUCUCUGUAUCCCCAGAUUUAAGAAAAUUCAUCUAAGGUUUUCACUAACUUAAAAUUGAUGAGAGACUGCAGGAGAAUUGUAUAAGUCCAAGACCUCCAGAAACCCUUAAGAUUGUGAUUUAUAAUGAGAAAUAGGUUUUGCCGUCAUGUCUCUCCUUGAUACAAAGGAGAGAACCCUUGGAUUCUUACCAUGUGUCCUUUUUCUAAUGAGGUGACUCCUAAACAGCUAAAGAUGGGCCUGGUUGCCAGAAACAACCAUGUGACUAACAAGUUUGAAACUUUCAGCCUCAUCCUCUGACCUCCAGAGAGUAGACAGGGGCUGUUGAAUGAAUCCUGGCAGAAAUAUCCAGCCUUUUUAUCACCACAACAUGAAUCUGUCAUCUACAAAGUUUAUGUUCCAAAACUGCCUGGACAAUCAGAGGACACACACGCCACUCAUAUACACACAUGCUACACACACUCAUAUAGACACACACACACAAACACACACACACCACACCACUCA